AUGGCAUGGCCAUGGGCACCCUGUCCAUGGGCCGCCCAUUGCACAGGUCUAAUACGAACGGAAGAAAAAUCAUUUUGGAAUCACGAGUCGUUAGAGAUAUUGCUCGGCAGAGAGUUUGGUGCCUAUUCUGGUGAAACGAGCUCGUCUGAAAUCGAAGGUGAAGCAAAAGAUAUAAAUUUAGAAUACAUUGAAAGAUGGCAGGGUGGUAUUGAGGCUGAAUCCGACUGGGAGGAUCUAUCCAGUAAUUGA